AUGGUCAAAAUAUUCAUUCUCCAGGCAGUGCUAUGUGUUUGGUACCCCAUAUUUCAUAGUGUUUUAUAUUACCGCAGCAUUUCGAAUUUCAAAAUAGAAAUGCCAAAAAAGUUUGCUAGUGAAAAUACGAAAGCUGUGGCAGCAAGGGAAAGAAAGAAAGCUGCCAAAGAUGAAGCAAAUCAACGAAAAGAGCGAGACCUAGAGGAUGCUAAGUGGAGAGAUGAUGAUAAACAAAUAUUAAAAAAGCAACAGAAGAAGGAACAAGAGGAGCGUAAACGUCAAGAACAAUUGCAACGAAAGGCUGAAGCAAAGGUUUUGUUGGAGAAAGAAAUGGGUUCAAUAAAAGCAAACAAACCUCCACCUGCUCAGAAAAUUACUCAAGCUCAAAUAUCAGCUAAAAAAGUCGAAAUGGCACCGAAGAAGGAUGUUGAAAAGAAGUUGGAAACACAUUUGGAUGUACCAUUAGAGGAAAAUAUUAAUAGACUUCAAAUUGAUGGUGAAGAGGCAAGAACUGUUGAUGAAGCUAUUUAUGUACUUAGAGGAGUGACCGAGGACUUGGAUAAACACCCAGAAAAAAGAAUGAAAGCUGCUUACAUGACCUUCGAGGAAAGAAGGCUGGCAGACCUAAAAGCGGAACAUCCCUCUUUAAGAUUAUCCCAGUUAAAGCAAAUGAUUUUUAAGGAAUGGCAGAGAUCUCCAGAAAAUCCAUUAAACAAAGUGUAAAUAUUAAGUAAAGAUGACAAUGUAGAUUUGAAAAUUUAUGAGGUUUUGUGUGAGGGAUUAGGAACUUCAUUAGGAAUAUUGUGAAGGAUGAUUUUGUGGUACUUUAGUACCUACUCUUUUUUUAUUUUAUUCUGCUGUUAUAUUUAUAUUCUGAGUAGUGGAUAUUAAUGCUUUUAUACACUUUAUCUGUUUGCUAAUUAUUGUGACUUCCCAAGUCUAAUUUUACUGUCAUUUUUGGAGGAAUAAAAGUGGAACA